GUCGUGCCACGGAUGGUGCCGAGACGCCGGCCCAGCACAGGAGCACCGAGACGACCGAGACCGCCGUGACCGCGAGGAUCGCAGAGAUCGCGAGACACAAGAUGAAGGACACAGACGUCGCCGCGAUGCACACCGGGAUUGGGAAGAGCCAGAAAAGGAUAGAGAAGAGGAACGCCAGCGAGACCGCAGUCGCAACCGAGACCGCGGCACAUGGACGGACUGGGGCCAAGGCCGGACCAGAACAACAGAUCCUGGCAGGAUGCCGACCGGGAAGAUCGCCGACCCAAUCGUCGCUAUGAUGAGCCCGAGCGCCCCCAAGGAGAAUGGGGAAGGCGCACAGAGCAAAGGGAAGCGGCCCACACGGAACGCCGCGCCGAACAACGACCAGCCCGAGAGGACAGAGGCAGGGGCGACCGCAGCCGGCCCCCCACCCAACAGCGGCGGCAGGGCCGCCCAGCAGAUCGUGAAGACCACGGCCCGACGAGACCACAGACCGCCCACGUCCAGGGGAGCGGUGGAGCAUCUCGAAAGCUUUAUCAACAGAGGCAACACGAAGACUCAACACGAUCGCUUUCACAAGCCGGGUUCGAAGACCAAGGGUCUCCCCGCGUAUGGGAACUGGAACCUGAGUUUCUUUGCAUUUUUGCUUGCUGGAGAAACCAUUGGUCCCCAGGAGACCUCGAAGGAGGCUACUUAUGGCGCGGCCAUAGAAGGGUGGAUCUCAAUUUUGUACAGCGAAGAAGAAGAUGACCUCAUCAGGGAAAUCCUGGACGGAGUUCUUCAAGGACUCGAUUUGGUGAUGGCGUUGUUCGAAGAGACGCCGUCACAGUUGCACGAUGCAGUGCAUUGGAAGACAAAUGAGCCGGACUUCGACCGGUGCAUGCGACACUUUUACCCUCGCGAAAUCCCAGAGGAUAUGCAGCCGAAGUCGGCCCCACAGGGGGAGCGAUCCAGGGAGGACGCCCCCGAAUGGGAAGAUCGUCGUGAAGAGCACCAGGCGAGCCGCAAACCGGACCCCGAGGUGGAAUGGACAGAAGAAGAGGAAUGGGAGUCCACCGAGGAAGAGGUGGCCGAAGAAACGGCCCCUGAGACCCCAACCGACUCACGCCUCAAAAUCGAGCAAGAUGAAAAGCUUGAUCUUGCAGCCCUUGGAGUGUAUGAGGAAGGGGUUGAGGCUGUCCCUGAGACACCUCCCCCGGUCCAGCAAAGCCUGCGAUUCACCCCCUAUCACUUUGAGUACCCACCGCGAAGGCUGGAGUACAAGUACGACACCAAGGUUUCAAAGAGGCUGUCGGUCGUGCUCCGACACGACAAGGGCGAAUUCAACUUACACUUUUAUCAAAACGCCACAGCCGAUCUUGAGGCUAUCUUGGAUUUGCCCAUCAUGCAAGAAGUCAGGGCUCGCCAAGAUACCAUCAUAUCCUGCGUCUACUACAACAGCAAGCAGCGUUUUCGUUUGCUUUGGUUGCAUGACCCUACCAGAUCCGGCCCCGUGUCGGUAUUGGGAGCCGUCCAGGGUCACUCCAAAACUGUGGAUUAUGAUGCAGUGCACGAGCGGGUCGACCCCGAGAAGAUCCCCGACCUGAUCCAUGGCACCCACUAUGACUUCUACAAAAAGAUCUUCAAGGAGGGUCUGCUGCCGGGUGCUGGAAACCGAGACUACAGGGAUCAAAUCCACCUCCUUGACGCGGCCAACAUUGGCAGCCGACUGCUGCCACCCAAGUGCGACAUCAUACUGCACAUCGAUCCGGCCCUUGCCACGGGGUGCCGCUUUUACAAAAGUGCAAAUGGUUAUUACCUCACUGGUGAACCCAUUGGUCCCCAGGCCAUCUCGGCCGUGACGAUCAAGGAAACCAGGGAAAGGGUCGACGCCGAGAAAAAAGGCUCCCCUCCUUUGCCGUCUAUAGUUUUGCAGGCCUUGCUGAGAAAUCAGCUUGAGGGCCGCCGUCCGACGGCCACUGCACAGUCUUGGAGUCAUCACACCGCCGAGCAUACAUGGCUUUUUGGCAGCUUGCUGGGUUAG